UUUCCAGAUUCUCUCCUCUCCCUCUUCUCUCCCCUCAACUCCAGCUGCCCACCAUGUCUUUCGCCGCCAGAUCCCUCCGUCCCUUCGCUUCUCGCGUCCUGUCGCAGAAGCUCCCCCUCUCUUCCGUCUGCAGGGCCGCACCCGCCAGUUUCCCGCGGGGAAGUGUCCGGAGCUUCUCCCAGAGCCCACUUUCUCAAUUGAAGAAGUACACUGAGUCGCACGAGUGGAUUGAGCUCGCCGAGGACGGCAAGACUGCGAAGAUUGGAAUUACCAAGUACGCUGCCAACUCCCUUGGUGACGUUGUGUUUGUGGAGCUCCCCGAGGUCGACCUGGAGGUCAGCGCCGGUGAGCCUGUUGGUGCUGUUGAGUCCGUCAAGUCCGCUUCGGACGUCCUUUCGCCUGUCUCGGGUGUUGUUACCCAGGGCAAUGCUGUGUUGGACGACAAUGCCAAGUUCAUCAACCAGAGUCCCGAGGGUGAUGCCUGGAUUGCGGAGAUCAAGGUGAACGAUGCCGCGGAGUUGGACGGACUGCUGGACGAGGCUGCCUACAAGGCUACAAUUGAUGAGGAGUAAGCGUGAUAUGUGUGAGAGUGCGUGUGUGGGUCAUGAAGUAUUUGAAUGGAUGGAUUGCUCAAAGUCUGGGUUUGGAUUAUAUGCGCGCCGCCGCUUCUGUGCAUGGCGUCGAAUUUAUUAUGAUUGUUUAGUCAUUUGAACUGUUUCCCUUUGUCUGGGGGUUUCAUUGGGUAUGAUUGUUGUGUGUGGAUGGUUAUGUUUUCACCACAUAAUGACUGUCUAGAGAGCUGGCUACGUCAUGCCGCUAUCGGCGGACCCUUUUAUUCAACAAAAGGCUGUCUGCGGUUAUAAGAAUAUACGAUAUCACUGUUAUUG